AUGGAUGAACAGGAAAGACGCCACGAGGAAGAGGUAAAGCAGCGAGAUGCAGCACGCGAGGCAGAGUUAGAGAAGGUUCUCCAAGGAACUAGUGAGGGUGAUAUGAUGCAAUUGUUUCAGUCUCUUUUGAAUGGUGACGAGAAUGGCGGAGAUCCUGAGGCUCUUUUGGAGAAAUUAAAGAGCGAAAUAACAAAUAUAACUUCCAUGAUUGAUAGCUCAUCAGACAUAAGCGAAGAGGAUCGUAGUGCUCUUGCACAGGUUCGACAGAUGUUAGAUUCUCUACCGAAUAUGGAUGAUAUUCAGCAAAAUUCUGCUGAUGGUGCAAAUGGGGAAACCACAGGAAAUAAUGUUGUGAGUGAAGAAGAACUUGCAGAAGCGUUAAAAAAAUUUGUGGAAAGUACAGAACGGGUAAAUUCUAUCGCUAGCUUCGAUAAAGAUAAAGAGUCAAAGCUUCCGGGUGUUUCAGCUUCUCCUAAUGUUUCUACUCCUGCUGCUGAUGGUGCUGCUAAUACCACUAAUUCCUCUUCUACUGAGGCAACAGGAAAUAUCGAUGGAGAUCCAAUGUCAUGUUUGACUGGAAUGUUUCUUGAUGUACUACUUGAUCCACGUCUUUUGGAACCACUGAAAUUAAUGCGUGAGGCCUACCCAUGCUGGUUAAGUAAGAAUGAAAGCUCUACUGAAGCAGGAGAUUUGGAACGGUAUAAGAAACAAUACGAUCUUACAGUUACUAUCUGUGAUAUUCUAGCCGAAGGGCCAAUUGAUCGUAAUGAUGAAGAAAAAGUAACCCGUAUGGUUUCGCUUAUGCAUGAGUUUUCUACACUGGCACCACUACCACCUGGCCUUAAUGAGAUUUCUCUGGAGUCAAUGCAGUAG